GACCACCUUAGCAGCUGGACAAAAGGCAACGUUAUGAGGGACUUGUGCACCAAGGAAAAAGCAAUGGCUGGACCCAGACCCGUGGUGUUCAGCGGCCCGUCAGGGGCGGGAAAGAGCACGCUGCUGAAGAAGCUCAUGAAGGAAUACGACGGUGUCUUCGGCUUCAGUGUCUCCCAUACAACUAGAAAUCCUCGACCAGGUGAAGAGAAUGGCAGAGAUUAUCAUUACGUUACAAGGGAGGUUAUGCAAACCGGGAUUGACAAAGGAGAUUUUAUUGAGAACGCCGAGUUUUCAGGGAACAUGUAUGGAACCAGUAAAGCUGCUGUGCAAGAUGUCCAGGCCAAGAACCUCAUCUGUAUCCUGGACAUUGACAUGCAAGGUGUGAAGAACAUCAAAAGGACGGACCUCAGUCCAAUCUACAUCUCCAUCCAGCCUCCAUCCAUGAACGUUCUGGAAAAACGUUUAAGGGACAGGAAAACGGAGUCAGAGGAGAGCCUCCUGAAGCGUUUACAUGCAGCUCAGGUGGACAUGGAGAUAAGUAAAGAACCUGGGUUAUUUGAUGUUGUUAUUGUCAAUGAUAAUUUGGAGGAUGCCUAUGAGCAGUUAAAAGCUGCUCUCCUGGAGGAAAUUAAUAAAGUCAAGAAAAUCAACAUGUCUUCGUAGGAGACACUGAUCCCGACACCCUUCUGAGUCCGGCCACUCUGUAUGAAACGG